AUGCAUCUCCCCAAGAUCGCCGCAACUCUUGCCUUGCUUGGCCUCGGUGCUGCCACCCCAACCGACACCUCGUCCAACUCCAAGAACCAAGGACUCGCUCAAGCCUGGACAUCCAAAGGUCGCCAGUACAUCGGCACAGCACUGACUAUCCGUGAUGACCCCGUCGAGCAAGGCAUCAUCCAAUCGCGCGCCGACUUCAACUCCAUCACUCCCGAAAACGCCAUGAAAUGGGAGUCCACCGAGCCGCAACGCAACAACUUUACCUUUGACGGCGCAGAUGCUGUCGCCAACUUUGCCGACCGAUACAACAAGGAGAUGAGAUGUCACACUUUGGUUUGGCAUUCUCAAUUGCCUGCAUGGGUUAGUCAAGGCAACUUUGACAACAAGACCUUGAUCUCCAUCAUGGAGAACCACAUCAAGAAAGUCGCUGGCAGAUACAAGAACAAGUGCACUCAUUGGGAUGUUGUCAACGAAGCACUCAACGAGGACGGCACCUACCGCAGCUCCGUCUUCUACAACACCAUCGGAGAAGCAUUUAUCCCCAUCGCAUUCCGCUUUGCCGAGAAGUAUGCUGGCAAGAAGACCAAGCUGUACUACAACGACUACAACCUCGAGUACGGCAGUGCCAAGGCUCUGGGUGCUCAGCGCAUCCUCAAGCUUGUCCAGAGCUAUGGUGUCCAAAUUGAUGGUGUGGGCUUGCAAGCUCACCUGAGUUCCGAGGCUACUGCAUCCACUGGCGGCGGCGUGACUCCCGAUGUCACCACCUUAACAAAUGUGCUCAAGUUGUACACUGACCUUGGCGUUGAGGUGGCCUACACAGAGCUAGACAUCAGAUUCACCACCCCAGCCACCUCUUCAAAGCUCGCAGCACAAGCAGACGCAUACGCCAGAGUGGUUCAAUCCUGCAUCAACGUCAAGAAGUGUGUCGGUAUCACCAUUUGGUACUCAUGGAUCNCCGGGGUUUUCCCCACCGAGGGCGCAGCAUUGCUCUGGGAUGAAAACUUCAACAAGAAGCCGGCUUACAGCUCUGUUCUCAAGACCAUCCAAGCAUUCCGCAAGUCUUGA